AUGAAUAAUGAAAUAACUAAAUUGUAUAGAAAAUUAGAAUCCUUUGAACAUUAAUUAAUAAUAAAGGUUAAAAUUUAACUUAGACUAAAGAUGACUAAUAUUAUAAAUAUGAAACUUAUAUUGAAAGAUUGGAGUAAUAAUUAAGAUAUACAUAUUAUUAAAUAGAUGAUCAAAAUGUUUAUUUAUUAUAAAUUGAAUAAAGAAUUACUCCUUUAAAUGAAGAAAACAAUUAGCUUAUUAAAAAAAUAAGAGUUAGAUUAUUAUAAGAAGACGAUCUAGAAUUAAAUUAAUAAGUUGAAAGUAGAAUAUUAAUUAAAGAUUAUUGAAUAAUAAGAUAUAUUAAUACAAUUAACUAAAUCUCGUAAUAAAGAAGGUUCCUAUUUCAUAAAAUACUUUAUUCAUUGA